AUCUUUUUUGUGUUGCUGUAGAAGUGGAAGGCGGUUUCCAGGCUAAACAGCGAAAUAAGCUUAAGCCAUGGAGUCCAACCAGGAAUCCUCACUCUUCCUGGUGAAGAUACUGGAGGAGCUGGACACGAAGCAGAAUACUGUUUCUUACCAGGAUCUCUGCAAGUCCCUGUGUGCAAGGUUUGAUUUAUCCCAGUUGGCCAAGCUCAGAAGUGUGCUGUUUUACACUGCUUGCCUGGAUCCUAAUUUCCCAGCGACUUUGUUCAAAGACAAAAUGAGAUGCACUGUAAACAAUCAGCAAUCAAAGAAAAUCAUGGUUGCGGCAGAUAUAGUAACAAUAUUCAACCUCAUACAAAUGAACGGGGGAGUGGCCAAGGAAAAGCUUCCAGUUGCAAGGCACAAAGUGAAGAAGAAGGAGUCCUUUGAGUCCUGCAGGUCUGACACAGAGAUCUGCAACAUGGCAGACUGUGUGCCUGACUGUGUGCCCAACUGCGAGCUCAACGAGCAAGACUUCAACCGGGCCUUCCCGGUCAGAAGGUCUUCAAAAUGCAGAAAGAUGGACUGCAAAGACUGCCAGCAGUUUGUCCCCUCAUCAGAACCCAACUUCUUGCUUGGUGUUAAUAAGGACAUGAAGGGCCGGGCUGCCUCUCUGGACAGGCUGCAGGCACUGGCGUCCUACUCCAUCGCCACAUCCCCACCAUGUGAGAUGCAGAGUACCUACUUCCCCAUGAACAUUGAAAAUGAAUCUAUUUCAGACCAGGAUUCCUUGCCUAUAAGUGCAGGCAUAAAAGAAACUUUCAUUUCAAAUGAUGAGCCGUUCAUGAUGCAGUCUUGUGUCCAGAAAAGAAAUAUAUUCAAAGAAGAUUUUCAUAAUCUGAUUACAAUAUCUCCCAACUUAAUACCAUCCAACAAAACACCAGAAGAUGGACACAGAGAGCCUCAGAACAGGAAAGAAAGCUCUAAGCAGACUUUCUUCAACCACAGCUUCGAAAUGCCGUACAGCAGCCAGUACUUGAAUCCAAUCUAUUCUCCUAUACCGGACAAAAGGCGAGUGAAGCAUGAAAGUUUAGAUGAUCUUCAAGCUUCAACGUAUUUUGGCCCAACUACUGUUCUUGGACCACAGGAAACCAAAAAGUGGACUGGAAAGCCAGCCAAGCAAACAGCCUGGCCAGCUAAAAGCUGGAGUUUAAAUACUGAGGAGGUCCCUGACUUUGAACGCUCAUUUUUUAAUAGGAAGCAGACUGAAGAGAAACCACGAUACCAGAGUUCAAGCAACCCAUCUCCAAACUUUCCUUCAGUUGACAGGCAUCAGUCCUACCUAAAUGCAAAGGAUCAGCAACCAAUUAUGCAGGCAAACUAUGCUGUGAAACCCAAUGGGCAUAAACCUAAGGAAAUUCCUUCCAUUCUAGAUGUGGAGAAACACGAGCCAGUCAAAAAGUUUAAGGAUAAGAGCAUUAACUGUACUUCUGUCCAGAUCCUAAGCAUUGACAGGACCAUGAGUGUUGGGACACAAACGGAGCAGCAGGUUCUGGACCACAAGAAAUGCAAGGAUUUGUGUGCAGCAGGCCAAGCCAAGUACGGCGAGCGGCACUCUCUGAAGCAGUCGGAUGAUGACUCUGAAAUCGUGAGCGAUGACAUCAGUGACAUUUUCCGGUUUUUGGAUGACAUGAGUAUCAGCGGCUCCACGGGAGUCAUGCAGUCCUCGUGCUACAACAGCACUGGUUCCUUGUCUCAGGUGCAUAAAUCAGACUGUGAGAGCUCACCUGAGCACAAUUUGACUAAGAUCUCCAAUGGGAGUGCCUGUAACAAACUGGAUAAAGUGGUCAGGGUGGAUGUCAGUAACACGGAUGAUGAACUGAAAACGAGUGUCUGCAAAUUAGUCUUGAGGAUUGGUGAAAUAGAGAAGAAACUGGAAUCUCUCUCAGGUGUCCGAGAAGAAAUCUCUCAAGUCCUGGGAAAAUUAAGCAAGCUGGAUCAAAAAAUCCAGCAGCCAGAGAAGGUCAGUGUACAGAUAGAUCUCAACUCUUUGACAAGCGAUGCCGCGUCAGAUGAGAGCAACUCCCCGCAGAUAUUUCAGUGCCACAAUACUCCUCAUGGAAGCAAACUGGAGAAUAACCCAGAAUGGUGCUGUUCAGAUGCCAGUGGAAGUAAUAGUGAAAGUCUUCGAGUAAAAGCCUUAAAAAAAAGUUUGUUUACUAGGAGAUCAUCGAGGUCAUUAACAGAAGAAAACAGUGCAACUGAAUCCAAAAUAGCAAGUAUUUCAAACUCUCCCCGAGAUUGGAGAGCUAUUACUUACACCAACCAAGUUGGCAUAACAGAGGAGGAGAUGAAAGAGAGAGAUGGAGGAGAAAAUAAGGACUGGCACAGGAAAUCUAAAGAGGCAGACAGGCAAUACGAAAUCCCACAGCCACAUAGACUCUCUAAACAGCCAAAAGAUGCUUUCUUGAUUGAGCAAGUCUUUAGUCCUCAUCCCUACCCUGCAUCACUCAAGUCACACAUGAAAAGCAACCCUCUCUACACAGACAUGAGGUUGACAGAGCUGGCUGAAGUGAAACGUGCCCAGCCAUCAUGGACCAUAGAGGAAUACACGAGGAAUUCGGGGGAUAAAGGCAAGAUUGCAGCCUUGGAUCUACAAACUCAAGAAUCUUUAAACCCAAACAACUUAGAGUACUGGAUGGAAGACAUUUAUACUCCUGGCUACGAUUCCUUGUUGAAACGGAAAGAGGCCGAGUUCAGGAGAGCAAAGGUUUGCAAGAUCGCUGCCCUGAUCACAGCGGCCGCUUGUACGGUUAUCCUGGUCAUUGUGGUUCCCAUUUGCACCAUGAAAUCCUGAGCCUGGAGCACGCCCCUGUGACUCCCAGCCACGUGUGUCUCGGGUAGCUCACGCUGUGUGGCAAAAGGCUGCUGGCAGAACUGUAAGGGAUGCGCUGAGGAACAAUGUUCUGAGCAAAUCCCGGUGGAGAAUGCUGUAAAUGAAGGCAGAAUGCAGAACAACUAGAGAUACGUUUUUGGGAAGGUCCUAUUUUAAAUAACAGACUGUGUGGUGGAGUUAAUGGGAAUUCGGUUCGAUUUUUAUGCAUUUUUAAAAGUGCAAUAUUUUUUUUUUUUCCUAAAGAAAUGAUAUAAUGUUUUACAGAAUCAGAGACUGAUGAGAAUCCAGGCAAAAGAGGAAGUUUGUCUGAGCUAUGUUGCAUUUAAAGGAGGUGUGGGUACAUGGAGGUAGCACUGUAUAGAAGGGAAUGUUCUAUAUGCAUUACAUUGGAGAGCUAGAGAAGUCUUAACAGCUCUCCACAAUGUAGAAAACUCUGAAUGUAUUGUAUUUAUUUUAUACUAUUUAUGUGUCUCAUGAUCAUUUGUUCGGAAGCAGACUGUGAAGCUGUGAACAGAGUUCAUUCCUGUGUUCAGAUUAAAAAGGGCUCUUUGUAUUUGGUCUUGCCCUAAGACCCACUCUAUCAUCACUGAGUACUUAGGUAAGUGCAAUGUGCUGCAGACCAAAAAGAUUAUGUUUUAAAGCAAUCACAAGAGGUUUUAGUUACUUCUGCUGAAUAACAUUUGCAUAGAGCUGGCAAACUUGCCUUGCCAAAAGGGUAUUCUUUACCUCUGCAGACAGUGAAAUUGUCUCAAUUUCACUCCUGCCAGCAAGCAAAGCUGGCAAAUCAAAGUGACACUCUAAAAGUUCUUGGAAAUGUAAUCUGAACAGUUAAUUUUUAUUUUUUUUCCACAAAGUCUUUGUGCCUUUUUUUAGACUGUAGGUUAAAUAGAACUGUUUAAUUUUUUGCUAUUUUAAGCCCAUAACAUAAAUCACAGCAUAGUGGGUACUAAUGGAAGUCCUUUUCCCACAGGCCUUCUAUACAGUUCCGAGUGCUCCUCAAGCAGCAGGGCUGGUGGUUUCUGAGCACUUUUAUUAAGGGCACAAUUUCUCAGCACUGGUAGAAACUUGCUGCUGAUUCAAUGCAUUUCAGCACAGGGAGAUCUUUUGCUUCCCUCUUGCUAAAUGUACUUAAGAAUGAUGGUUGAAUCUACCAGACAGCAAGCAGUCUGUAUCCCAUGGGAAAUGUCCAUUUGAUGCUUUAUCCCAAAUGCAAAUAGCAGGUUUGAUGGAAUUCUCAAGCUAGGACAGAAACUGCCUGCCAUGGUCAGUGAAAGCAAAAAACCCAGACAGUAUUACUCUUCUGUCAAGUAUAGAAAAAAAAGGAAAAAAAGGUGUUUUCAGGAAAUAAUGUGAUCUUGCUGGUUCUCCAAGGGAAAGGAGAUUCUUUUAGUGAAUGCUCUUUAUGUGGGGUAAUUUGGUUUCUUUGGAAGUAGCCUCCCUACAUAAUGACACAGCAGCUAAGAAAGCACUGGAUGCUCCUUCUUCUGUCUCUCUGGGCUGUGCUGCACUCAUUGUUUGUUUCUGACUGGUUUAAAAAAGUAUUGAGGGAAGGGUGUGUGGGAGGUGAGGGCUUUGUUGUGACUUUAGAUGUGUGUCAGCUCUUUCCUGCAGCUGGAGAGCUGUUUAUGUGCUGCUCACAUGCUGUGCUUUAUUUAGGGAUAGGUGAUUCCUGAGACUGUUGAUCUAUCAGAAAAAUAAAUGUAAGCACGGGAUUGGAUAUCCCAUCAGCAAAUAGACAGCAAGAACAGGCCCACAGACAAAAUCUGUGCCUGCCUGGCCUGAAUCCUGACCCGAAUUCUGUGACUUUGGCCCAUGCUUAAUACUAAGAUAAUUUCUCUUUCCUCCCAGAUGCUGCAGGAUGGAGUCACAGCAGGGAGGGAGCAAUUCACACCGUCUAUUUUAGGCUGCCUUUGGUUACGGUGUGAUUCAGAGCACCUGAGUGCAGGAGCUCAGGAUCCGAACGUAGUAAAUGUAGGCAGGGAGAGAAACCUCUGGGGACAGUUCAGAGCUGCCAGCAAGAUAUCUAAUAUUAGACAUGUGAAAAAUGCUCUGGAGGACACUGCUCUGCAGUUUACCUCAUGCACAAUUUAGGUUGAUUGUAUAUGUAGAAAACCUAUUCCUGGUUUCAGGUAAUGUCAGAAAGGCUCUGACAGCCCUGUUGGAGGGAGCAGUGUGGCCCUGUGGGGGCACAGUGUCAAUCUGCCAUCUGCCCCCACCAGCAGUGACAAGACCCUUGGAGGGGCAGGAGGAGUGGGGACAGACCCCCUGCCUUCUCCAGCCCCUCUUGCACUACCAUGAAUGGUCUGGCCCUGCUGCCCCCAGCCCCAAACCAGCAGUGCUUUCACCAGGGCAUCUCAGUAAUCUGGUUUUAGGAAAUAUCAACCCAAGGAGAGGUAGGAGAUGGGUGUGGGAGGUGUUACUGAUCAGAGGGUUUGUCUGUGCAACUCAUCCAGCUGGCACCAGGUGGGUCUUUGCAUCAGAGAUGCCCAAAAUCCUGGGAAGGCUUUGCAGGUUAUGGAGCUGAGGGUGAUGUGAAGCUGGCCCAACCCAAGCACUCAGCAUCCCAAACAUCCAUGCUGCUUCCUAAUUUAUUGAGGUGCUUUUGCCCAUCCUUACUUUGCACAAGCAGCCAGUGGCACCCACUCCAUUGGUCAGUGAUUUCCUUACACACCAGGCUGUGGUUUGUCAUGGAUUCCCUCCUGGGGCAUUCCCUUCCUGAGGGGAGCUGGGAGAGCAGAGCCUGACUCCCUGCCCCACAAACACCUCUGUGAGCUGCUGCCUUGCCUCCUCCUCCUCCUCCACUCCCUGGCUGCCUCCAUUCCCAGCUGGAUUUGCAUCUGGCACAGAGCCCUUCUUAAAAUAGGCAAGGAGAUGGAGUGAAGGGAUGCUGCUGCUGGAGGAGAGCAGCCAGGGAAGGAGGAAGCCUGCACAGAGUGUACAAACUAGGUGAAAUCCUGACAUAUUAACCUGCAAGAAUAUUGUGAUCCACCUUGUGAACCAGUUACCAACUAGAAUACACUGUAUACUAUAUGAUAGACUUUUGUAUUUAAAAAAAAAAAAAAAAAAAAAAAAAGAAACUAAAGCUAUAGGUACAUUGUAAUCCUUGGUGUGAUUGAAAAAGUGUCCUAGAUUGUAUUACUUAAUUAAAAUUAUGAUGAGCAUAUUGAACUGUUUUUCGUAUUUAUGCCUUAUAAACUUGAUAUAUUACACAUGAUAAAAUGAAACUGCAAGAACUAUAAGAAAAGAUACUCCAUUUUGGGGGCAAAUUCCAUUUUGCUUUUCCUAAAAAAAAGAGUGCUGCUUUAAAUGAGCUUAAUAAAUCAUGUGUGCAGAAGAGCAAGAGUAGGAUAUGUCCCCAAAUGACUUUUUAGGAAUUUUUUUUUUAAAUGGGGCUUUGGUUAAUGUACUAUGUAAUAAUUUUAUUUUAUAAUGUUACUGUACAAUGUUGCCUUUUGGUUCAUUUAAAUAUAACACCAAAUAAACUUGAAAAUUACAGUGUCCUAAGUUUUAAUGAAACAGUUAUAAUAA